ACCGACAAGAUGGCGGCGGGUGGGAGCGGCGGGCGCGCGUCGUGCCCGCCGGGGGUCGGUCCGGGCGCGGGGGGCGGCCCGGGGCCCAGCGCCAACGCCGCCCCGGCCCCCGGCAACGCGGCCGCCGCCGCCGCCCCGGCCCCCGCCGCCCCCGGGCCGCCGCCGCCGCCGGGAGCAGGGCCGGGGCCGGGCGCGCAGGCCGCGGCGGGCGGGGAGCGGGCGGCCGAGGAGCCGGCGGCGGCGCCGGGGCGCGAGCCCGCCUACAACUGGCAGGCCACCAAGCCCACGGUGCAGGAGCGCUUCGCCUUCCUCUUCAACAACGAGGUGCUCUGCGACGUGCACUUCCUGGUGGGCAAGGGGCCCGGCGCGCAGCGCAUCCCGGCGCACAGGUUCGUGCUGGCCGUGGGCAGCGCCGUCUUCGAUGCCAUGUUCAACGGGGGAAUGGCCACGACGUCCACCGAGAUCGAGCUGCCCGAUGUGGAGCCGGCUGCCUUCCUGGCCCUGCUCAAGUUUCUCUACUCGGACGAGGUGCAGAUCGGACCCGAGACGGUCAUGACCACGCUGUACACGGCCAAGAAGUACGCGGUGCCCGCGCUCGAGGCGCACUGCGUGGAGUUCCUGAAGAAGAACCUCAGGGCCGACAACGCCUUCAUGCUGCUCACGCAGGCGCGCCUCUUUGACGAACCGCAGCUUGCCAGCCUGUGCCUGGAGAACAUCGACAAAAACACGGCGGACGCCAUCACGGCCGAGGGCUUCACGGACAUCGACCUGGACACUCUAGUGGCCGUCCUGGAGCGGGACACCCUGGGCAUCCGGGAGGUGCGCCUGUUCAACGCCGUCGUCCGCUGGUCUGAGGCCGAGUGUCAGCGGCAGCAGCUGCAGGUGACGCCCGAGAACAAGCGGAAGGUUCUGGGCAAGGCGCUGGCCCUCAUCCGCUUCCCGCUGAUGACCAUCGAGGAGUUUGCUGCAGGGCCGGCGCAGUCGGGCAUCCUCGUGGACCGCGAGGUGGUCAGCCUCUUCCUGCACUUCACCGUCAACCCCAAGCCGCGCGUGGACUUCAUCGACCGGCCGCGCUGCUGCCUGCGCGGGAAGGAGUGCAGCAUCAACCGCUUCCAGCAGGUGGAGAGCCGCUGGGGCUACAGCGGCACCAGCGACCGCAUCAGGUUCUCGGUGAACAAGCGCAUCUUCGUGGUUGGCUUCGGGCUCUACGGCUCCAUCCACGGGCCCACGGAUUACCAAGUGAACAUCCAGAUCAUCCACACGGACAGCAACACCGUCCUGGGCCAGAACGACACCGGCUUCAGCUGCGACGGCUCGGCCAGCACCUUCCGGGUCAUGUUCAAGGAGCCGGUGGAGGUGCUGCCCAACGUCAACUACACGGCCUGCGCCACGCUCAAGGGCCCGGACUCCCACUAUGGCACCAAGGGCCUGCGCAAGGUGACCCACGAGUCGCCCACGACGGGGGCCAAGACGUGCUUCACCUUCUGCUACGCAGCCGGGAACAACAACGGCACGUCCGUGGAGGACGGCCAGAUCCCCGAGGUCAUCUUCUACACCUAGGCCGCCCGGCCCCCAGCGCGUCCCGGAGGACAGCCGGGCCCUGUGGUCAUCUUCUACACCUAGGCCGCCCGGCCCCCAGCGCGUCCCCCUGGAGGAUGGCUGGGUCCCCGAGGUCAUCUUCCACACCUAGGCCGCCCGGCCCCCAGCGUGUCCCCCUGGAGGAUGGCUGGGUCCCCGAGGUCAUCUUCCACACCUAGGCCGCCUGGCCCGCAGCGCGUCCCGGAGGACGGCCGGGCCACCACAUCACCUCGUACAAGUAGGUGCCCCACACCUCAGGCCAAGCCCUUGGUGGGCCCCCCACGCUGCCUGCCCUCCCCGGCCACGUUUCCGGGCGUCUCCGUGGGGCGAGUGUGGCUGCCUGGUGAGAAGAGCCGGGGUGGGCGGGCCCGUCUGAGACAAUCCCUCAGGACUCCGCGGGCAGACUGGCCUGCCCCCGCCCCAAGCCAGGGUCUGCCAGGCCCUGGGUGGGGGUGUCCCGCCCACCGUCCCUGCAGCUCAGGGCCGCAGACCGGCCACCAGUCCCGUAGGACUCGGGCAGGACAUCGUCUCCUGUUUGUUAACUGCACACAGCAAUGCAGCCUGUAUUCCCCUUUCUCUGGUAGGAGCCGGGACGUUGGGGGCCCUCCUGCUGCCUGUGGGUGGGUCUUGUGUUCCUUUUGGUCUGGUCUGUUAGGUGGGGACGCUCAGGCCACCCCAACCCCGGCCCCCAGGAUGCUGGCCUGAGCCCUGGGGAGUAGGACUCCUGGUGGGGGCUCGAGCCCCCUGGAGGCCGUGCAGGCUGGCUUCCCGCCAGGCCCAGGUCCACCCUGUCCAGCCUCUCUGGACGGGCCCCUCCCGGCCCCUGCAGCCCAGGGCACAGGCCGCAGACCCUGUCCGCCUGGGAGGGCGAUACUUUGGGCCAGCCACGUCCCCGCGGGCCCACACCCCCAUGCAUACUGCAGUCCCCCACCGGCCCCGAGUGAGCGCUCCGCCCAGAGGUGCUGGAGGGCGCAGCCCCUCCCCAGCCCCCAGAUCUCCCACCCAAUGUGUUUCUGCCCCAGUGAUUUCUGCUGGACCCUGUGUCCUCCCCGAAGCCAUGAAUGGUGUGCCCUCCUCACACCACACCCCCAAAUGAUUUUUUUUAAUAAAGGAAAGAAACACCCCCCAA